CCAACAAACACCAGGUCUUUGCCUUCCUAGACCCCAGAAUGUGUCAAGGGAGACAGCUACAUUACCCCAGAAAUAUGUGACAGCUGGAUUUACUCAGAUAUGGAGGCCCAGGAGAGGUGAGAACUCAGGGGAGGUGCAGCUGAAAGUAGAGUUUGGGGGAGGCUCCCUUGACUCUUGAAAGCCAGGUGAGAGCUAGCUAGAUGAACAGGCAGGGGAGCGAAUAUCCUUAGUGAAGAAUUUUUUGUUGCAGGUAGAAAUAGACAUGUCUCUCUGUGUUAGCCCUCUUUAAAUGCACUUCACAGGGUGGCAAUAGUUGUGGAGACUUCAUGGUAUUUGAGCUAUAAAAAUAAGAUGGGAAAAGGGAAUUGUCUGCUCCAUUUGAGAGACAUCUCUAUUGGAAUCCAUCCAUGCCCUUAAUGUUGGAAUUUGUUUUCAUGAUUAUCAAAGAUUGCAUUCCCUUUCUGAGCCAAGAAUCACUAGCCUUGCUCCUAGAUUAACAAGAUCGUUCAACAAAUAUCACAUGCCUACUGCCAUUUAGUUUAGGUGAAGAGGAUACAUCAGUAAACAAUUUCAUUGAGGUCCUGUUCUCAUAGAACUGACAUACUAGUUGGGGAAGACAGAAAUAAACAAACAAAUGAGAUUUUGUAAUUGAGGAGCAGGAGUGGUGAACUUCCCUGAUGGCUUCUUAGGAAAUGGGUAAGAAGAGGACAGAAAAAUGACCUUGGUCUUUGGUGACCUUGACAAGACGAGAUGGAAUGGAGCAGUAGGGAGAGAAGUCUGGUUGGAGGCUAAAGAGAACAAGAGAGGAAGUGGAGCUAGAGACUUUAAAUCCCUUAAAGAUUUUAGAGAGGAGUUGUAGAGAAAUAGAUUUGUGUGUCAGCUGGGGUGGAGGAGUAGUGUUUUGUUUUUUUUUUUAAUUAACUGGAAAUUACUUGAGCAUGAUAAUAUACUGAUGGGUGUGAUCCAGCAGAGAGUUUGCUGAUGCUGAACCAAGGAAACAGUUACAGGAUAGAUUGCAGAGCAUUGAUGGAAUGGCCUUUGAUGUACAAAGCAAAGCAGAAGAGGGUUAAUAACUAAUAUUUAUGUAAGACAGAAGAGAAAGAUGUCAUUCCGUAAAGGUAUGCUUUUGCUACAAGAUUCAGGAAUUGUGGGGCUUCAGCCCAUAGACUUUGUCCCAAAUGCUCCCCGACAUGCGGUAGACGGGAGACAAGAAGAGAUUCCUGUGGUCAUUGCUGCAUCUGAAGAUAGGCUUGGGGGGACCAUUGCAGCCAUAAACAGCAUUCAGCACAAUACUCGAUCCAAUGUGAUUUUCUACAUUGUUACACUCAAUGGUACAGCAGACCAUCUCCGGUCCUGGCUCGGUAGUAAUACCCUGAAAAGCAUCAGGUACAAAAUUGUGAAUUUUGACACUAAGCUUUUGGAAGGGAAAGUAAAGGAGGAUCCUGACCAGGGGCAAUCCAUAAAACCAUUAACCUUUGCAAGGUUCUAUUUGCCAAUUCUGGUUCCCAGUGCAAAGAAGGCCAUAUAUAUGGAUGAUGAUGUAAUUGUACAAGGUGAUAUUCUUGCCCUCUACAAUACACCACUGAAGCCAGGACAUGCAGCUGCAUUUUCAGAAGAUUGUGACUCAGCCUCCACUAAAGUUGUCAUCCGUGGAGCAGGGAACCAGUACAAUUACAUUGGAUACCUUGACUAUAAAAAGGAAAGAAUCCGUAAGCUUUCCAUGAAAGCCAGUACUUGCUCAUUUAAUCCUGGAGUUUUUGUUGCAAACUUAACAGAAUGGAAAAGACAGAAUAUAACCAACCAACUGGAAAAAUGGAUGAAACUCAAUGUAAAAGAAGGACUGUAUAGUAGAACACUGGCUGGCAGCAUCACAACACCUCCUCUGCUGAUUGUAUUUUAUCAACAGCACUCCACUAUUGACCCAAUGUGGAACGUCCGCCACCUUGGCUCCAGUGCUGGAAAACGAUAUUCACCCCAGUUUGUAAAAGCUGCCAAGUUACUCCAUUGGAAUGGGCACUUUAAGCCAUGGGGAAGAACUGCUUCAUAUACUGAUAUCUGGGAAAAAUGGUAUAUUCCAGACCCAACAGGCAAAUUCAGCCUAAUCCGAAGACAUAUGGAGAUUUCAAAUAUAAACUAAAAUAUAAUUUGUGCUAUAAGCACUUCUCAGGAAAUUCUGGAAGAUAGUAUGUAUCUAUCUUCCAGAUACUACAGGAAAGUAACAGUAGCAGCAACUCAUGGAAAAAGGGACAUUUCAGCUGGGUAAAGAGGACAGACUACAUUGUCUGGCAGUCAGCCUCCAAGAUAAAAGACUAUAUGUCUCCAUCUGCCUUACCAAGUGUUUGCUUACUACAGUGCUGAAUGACCAGAGGUGAACAGACUCAAAGAGCUAGUACAGCCAGUUCAACACUACUACUUGGUUUUAAUUUUGUAACCUGUGGCCUGAUCUUUAAAUAAAAUGAAACCUACAUUUUU